AUGAACUUACAUGAAUCCCGCUCAGAGAUCGAGCUUCAUCCCAGGUUGCCCAGUGGGAAGAAAGUGAACAAAAUCUCUUCAAAUACAUUCGAACCGGUAAAGACUCUGGAAGAACAUCUCAAUGAAGCAUUGACCAGAUGUAAGGAACUUGAGGAGCUUCUGAAGCGUGAACUCUCCAUGCGUCAAGUUCUAGAGGAAAAGCAAAGCAAGAUCGAAACGGAGCUACAGGAAACAAAAUCUCAGGUGAAGUUGCUGGAGGAACAGCUGGCUGAAGAGAGAGCCACACGGUAUGAAAUAGAGGAGCGUCUCAAGAAUGAGCUCUCCAUACGUGAAGAGCUAGAGCAGGAGAAAAGCAAGGUCGAAUUGGAGCUUCAGAAUAUCAAAACUCAGGUAUCUUACUCCGUACCAUCUUCUCACGCCAAGAAUGAUCAUUCCCUCUUCGUAGAACUAUCACAAGUUUGGAAACAAGGAGAAGGGACAGUGCCUAGUCGUGGGAAUAUAAUAGGAAAGGAGGAGGAGGUCCUUUCAGCCCAAAGAAUGAGGGAGAUUCGGAAGCAUAUUGAGUAUAUUCGGAAGCAUAGUGAGGGGAAUAUUUACAAGCUCCCACGGAAGUUAGUGAUGGAAGACCGAAAGAAUCGCCUGGCCAAAUAUGAAAUCGGCAAUAUGGGACUUGAUAGCGGACAGGGAAGAGUGCUCAUGCUUUUUGGGGCCGUAGGAGUAGGAAAGAGUACCCUCAUCAAUGGGAUCGUGAAUUACGUAUACGGGGUGGAUUAUAAUGAUGACUUCCGAUUCAAGCUCAUCUCAGAUGAAGACGAAGUACACAAGGGUCAUACCAAAUGGAUCACGGCGUAUCACCUACAUAUGCAGCGAGGAUUCGCUCUGUCCCAUGCCCUGACCGUCAUCGAUAUAGAUGGAUUUGGAGAUAUAGAAGGCAUACCGGCUGAUGAAGAACUGAGAGAUCAGAUCAGGGAGUUCUUCACCAAUGGCGGUUACAUUGGAGUGGAUCAACUUCACGCAAUUUGCUUUGUUGUACAUUCCAGUCUGCCCAGGCUCACUCCUACUAUGACGUACAUAUUUCACUCCAUUCUCUUAGUGUUUGGGAAGGACGUCAUAGAAAACAUCUUCCUAUUGAUCACAUUCGCGGAAAGGAACAAACCCGUAGUUCUGGACGCCAUCAAAGGAGCCAAAUUUCCAUACAAAGAUUACUUCAAGUUCAACAAUACAGCUCUCUUCCCUGAUUCCACGGCUGAUGGUUCUGACGUGGUUGACAAAGUCCUUUGGAAGUUCAAUGUCACAAGCUUCAACAUUUUUUUCGAGAAAUUACUAGAAACCCAACCGGUGAGUCUGACAUUGACGAAAGAAGUUUUGCACGAGAGGCGGCGAUUGGAAACCGCUCUCCAGAGCUUCCAAGCCCAAAUUAUUCCAAGUUUGAGAAGGCUGGAACUGCUGCGACAAGGAAAUGCAGCCCUGAGGCAACAUGAGGCAGAGUUGCAGACCAAGGUGGAUUUCACAUCAUACGAAGAAGUAACUAAGAAAAAAAUUAAUACCGAAGGAAUUGUGAAGGAGCUCAUCAAGGAUUUCAACAAGGAGAGGGCAAAUAUACUGGAUUUAACCAAGAGGGCACACGCAUGCUUGCAGAGACUCGAUUUGAUUGCCCUGAAACCCUUUAAUUGGUGGGUCACCGAUUACAUCGAUUUUCUCAUCGAGUCCGAGAAAAGAGAGGGCCGAGAAGGUUUCAUCCAAAGGCUUAAGUACCUCCAAGAUACAAGAGACAAGGCCGCAUUGGCUGAGAAUCUCAAGCAUAACUUUGAUCCGUUUAAGGAAUACAUGAAGGAGCUCGAACAAGAAGGCUUUGAUAUUUCUCUCUUCGAUCCGGAACCUUUUGAAGAUUAAAUUCUCAACCCGUUUUCGUCAUAAAACAAGCGGCGAUGGCGUCGAUCGAAAGGUUUCGUCUGUAUGCGGCUAAAACAUCAUGUUUAUCAAGCUGAUGAGACUUUUUGCGAAGAAAAUGGUGCCAAAAUGCUGAGAAACAGUGGGAUUUAUGCAUGAAAAAUAAAGAAAAUGAAGCUGUGGGGG